AUGGAGAAAGCAGGCAACACUGCGUCCUUGCGCAGCAUAGCAUCACAUUGGAGCUUGGCUGGGGACAAACAGCUACUUAAUACUUUACAAGAUAUUCAUCAGAAAAUAAUAACCCGAUGCCAAGAAACUAACACAAUAUUGGAAGAAAUGAUAACCUCACUCGAUGGCGCCAACAUAAACAUGCAGAAUGUCAACAAUAGGUUCAUGGCUCUGAGCACCAGUCAAUUUGUUGAAAGUCGAGUCUACGACGACGACGUGGAUGUGACGACCGGAAACUCACCAAAGCAUGAAAAGCCUACAAUUCAAACAGAGCCGGAGUCAGAACUUGCAAAACUGAAGCAGAGCCUCAAGAUUCUGGAAGAUAUGCACGAGAGCGUCCGCAUUCUCGACAGUGAUAGCGGGUCUGAUACGGAUGAUGAUGAUGGCAGAAUGGUUUACAAACCUAGAGAUUUGUAUACCCAAAGACCUCUACCUCAUAUCAUUGGAUCGUAUGCUUGGAAAAGUAAAUGGCACGCUGGCAUUAUUCCAGAGGACAGUGACACCGACAGCUCUACAUCAAAGCCAGGCGACGCCAUGUUGGAACAGUACUCUGAAUCCGAAUCUGAGCAGACGGAUACACGGACUGACAAAUUGCACCCGCCUCCGAGAACGAUCUCAUCGAGCAGUUCUGUAGUGGAUUCGGAGCCAAGUGGUCCAGCAGCUCCGGUCAGUCAAGCUGAUAUUGCGGCUGAGUUGGCGCGCAAAUUGGGCGGGAAUUUGCCUGAAGUGCAUGCGACAUCAGCUGAACCAGAAUUCACAUCUCCUGAUCCGAUCCAGAAAAAAAUUUACAAACCACAGAAACCUGAAACAUCCACAAUUUUCUUUGACGAGCCGCCACCUUUAGAACAAACCUCUCAAUCAGAUAAAGAAGAGUACGACUAUGAUGAAGACGACGAUAUAUUUGCCGAGUUACACAGAAAGAAACCAUCCUCCUCUACUGCGAAAGAUCAAAGUCGUUUAAACGAAGAUUUAUUUGGCGGUUUAAAUAAUUCACGAGAUGUUGUUGAUGAUAUACUUGGUAUAGAUAAGAAAAACUUGAGCAUACCUAAUAAAAAUGGACAAAAUAUUGAACAAAGUAAUGAAGCAGAAAAGAAACCCAUCGGUGGUAUAUCACUUUUUGGAUCUAUUAAAGGAACCGAGAGAAUCGGAGCAGCAAUUUUAAAUCGUAAUCGACGUAAGUCGUACAGUUCAGAUGAACAAAGUGAAAAUGAAGCAUAUAAUAAUAAACAGAACCUUCCUAAAGAAAUUCAAAAGGGAAGUGCCUCCAAAUCUAGUGAGAAUGUAAUCAAAGAUAACAAACAAAAUAUUAUAAAUAAAUCAAACGAAACUGAAAUUGAAAGAAAAACAUCUUUGAAAUCUGAGAAAGACGUGCUACGAGAUAUUUUUGAUAAAAAGAAAAACUCUAAACUCAGCAUCGAAAAUACGAUACCAAAACAAGAUCCAGUUGCAAAAGAUAAUAAAAUAGAUAUAUUUAGUGAUAAUAUUUUUGAUGAUGUUGAUAAUAUCUUCACGGAUAAUAUUGUUAAAGCGCCUAUAAAGGAGGCUGAUAAAAAUGCUAAGUCAAUAUUUGAUGAUGAUGAUGACGAUGACGAUUUAUUUGCCGACAUUGCAAUAACACAACAUAAAACAUCGAACUCGAAAGGCACUCAUAACAAAGUUGAAGGUUUAUUUGAUAGUGACAAUGAUGAUGAUUUAUUUUCUGACACGCCUAAUAAAUCUUCUGUCCAACAAGCAGCCAGUAUAAAGUCUGAGAAUGAGAAUCCAGGAAGUAGUGCUAUAUUGAUCAACAAUAAAGACACUAAAAGUCUAUUUGAUGACAGCGACGAUGAUAUUUUCUUUAAUGUCAAAAGUAGUUCAAGUAAUGGUAUGAAUGAAGUCAAUUUAAAUCAAAGUAAACAAGAAGGGGAACCAGAUAAUGGUGUAGGUAUUACUAAAGAUGUAAACUUAAGUAAAGAUGGUGAUAAUAAUAACUUAUUUUCUAGAAAUAAUUUAAUAGAAAGUAGUGAAUUAGGUAAUAAUACAGAAGAAAAUACCAUUAUUAUAAGUAGAAGCUCUGAACAAAUGAUUGAUAAAUGUAGUAGUGAGGGAGUCAUCAAUUCUACUUCUGAUAACCAUAAUGUCUCCUUAACUCCACACUUAAAUUCUGCUCAUCAGAAUAGUGAAUAUAGUCCUGCAUUGUUUGACGAUGAAGAUUUCGAUGAUUUAUUCUAUAAUAAAUGUGAGAAAGAAAACAAAUUUGGUAGCAUUUAUCCUAAUAACACAGAUUUGAAUUGCGAAAAAGAAAAUGAGUCAAGAAAUAGCACGAUGAAUAUAGAAAGUUUGAACAAGAAAACUGAAGAUAUGAAUAUUAUUGGUAGUAUUAAGUCAGAAAAUAAUAAAUCUGAUAUGUCGGAAAUCGUAACAUCGGCUCAUUCAAAACCAAAGGAUGAUAUUUCUCCCAUAACUGUACAAGAAUCUCAUAAUGAUAAUCUUGGAGUUAGUAAUAAAAAUGACACAUGUGACGAUAACAUGGAUAAUUCACAUUUGCCUCAAACGCCACUAUUCCACAAACCAGAUAUUUUUAGUGAUAUAUUUAACGAUGUUCCUCCAGAUUUCGAAAAACCAAAGGAGUCUAAAAAAAGUAAAAAUGUAAAUGCACUUUUUGAUGACGAUUCUGAUGACGAAGCACUAUUUUUUAAAAAAGACUAUACUAUCUCUGAUGAGAAACCUGAUCUGAGUUCUCCUGCGAAACAUGAUCGUUUGUUUACGAUAUUUAGUGAUGAACCUCCAGCUAUUGACGUGAAUGUUACUCAAAAAAAUAACGAUGAUCAAGGCACUGAAUAUGAAGAUUAUAAAAAGCUUGAUUUAAAGGAAUCAGAUAAUUCAUUUAUCCAACCUUUUCAAAAUGAAAUAAAUGAUAAUAAAAAGCAGAGUAUCUUACAACAGAAAGAAACAGACAUUACCGAUGAUCUCCCCGAAAAAGUUAUUAAUUCUGAAAAUAUAAAAUCUGUAGGAAAAUUAAAAGCUAUGAAUUUAAAUAUUAAUGUAAACACGUUAUUGCCUGGUGCUUCUCCAAAAAAAUAUAAGCCUAUUGAAGAAACUUAUGAUCAAAACAUUUCUACAACAGAUAUUGAUACGAACUCUUUAAUGAAAAAUACUGAAUCAAAAUUUGAGAAAUCGGUUAGUUUUGAAGAAGAUACUAAUUCAGAGUUGCUUGAUAAUAAAUUCUCAAAAGAAAGAGCUAAAAUACAAGUCAAAAGACGCCCUUCAACAAGGAGAGCUCGACGCGAGGCUGUUAAGAAAUCUGAAAUUGAAGUAAAUUUAAGUAAAGAUUCAACAAAUAAUUCAAGUUCUGUAGAUGAUCCUGUUGCAACACCGGAUGAAAAAGUUGAACGUAUGACAUAUCAAACUGAUGAAAAAUCAAGUAAAGUGAAAGAUGUUAAAUCGAAAAUUGUAUAUAUCUUAAACGAUGAAGACAUUUUUUCGAAUGUAAAUAGUGACAAAACCGUUUCUCAAAUUUCAAAGACGUGUGAUUUAAAUAAAUUAGAAAAUCAACAGCAUUUUGAAAAUAAUACUACUGUGGAUUUUGAUGAUGUUGACGAUCUUUUUAGAAAUGUUAAGGUUCCUAAAGCUGAAAGUUCUGCUGUAGUUAAUUCAACCGAGAACGUAGAAAUUUCAAAUAAUAUGAUAAGUAACUUAAGCAGUGUUACUAAUGUAAUGCCUCAAAAUCGUAAAGUAGACAAAGAAAACAGUAAUGUUUCUAUCAAAGCCGAAGCCAAUAAUGAUGAACCCAGUAAAACUAAAGUGUCUAUUUUUGAUGAUAUGAGUGAUGAGGAAACUGAACUUUUCUUUAGCAAAAAGCCAAUGGUUUCAAAAACAAAAAACAUUUUUGGGUCGGAUAGUGAUGAAGAGCUUUUUGCAAACAAAAAAUCGACGGAACAGCUCGUAGAUAAGCUAAAACCGACAAAUGUAAAAGUGGAAGUGAAAAAAUCGCUUUUUGACGACGACAGCGACGAUGAACUAUUUGGCGGUAAAAGGAAUAGUACAGGUAAUAAUCCAUUAUUUUCUAAAGUAAAAGAAGAAAAACCAUCUCACACACAGUCUGUUAUUGAGGAUCCAUUGUCAAUUAUUACAGAGGAUGAUUUCAACAAUGACGUAUGA